GAAUAAAAGAGCGCGGCCAGGAGGCCCUGAUCACUGCGGCCUUCAGAGCGCAGCAGGACCUCAGCCAUGAGACUUCUGCUCCUGGCCGUGCUGGGCUCCUGCUGCCUCACCGCCUGCCUCGUGGGAGGUGUGGGCAGUGAAGUCCCAGAAAGGAGUAUCUGUGUGAGUCUAACAACCCAGCGACUGCCAGUGAGCAGAAUCAAGACCUACACCAUCAAGGAGGGCUCCAUGAGGGCGGUGAUCUUUAUUACCAGGCGUGGCCUCAAAGUCUGUGCUGAUCCACAAGACAAGUGGGUGAAAGCAGCAGUCAAAAGCGUAGACAGCAGGUCCAGCACCAGGAUGCAGACCAGCCCUACAGGAGCCCAGCAGACCACCCACACAGCGGUGACCCUGGCCUGAUAGAGGCCCUCCAGCAUCCUGUGCCCUCCACAGCUGCC